AUAUAAGAACAGAGGAGCCACAUUCACCUCACAGCACAGAUCUUCUGUCUAUAAUCUGCACAGUCUUCUGCUCAGGACAAGGCAAACAUGGUUUCUCUCAGGGUUUCUUGGAUCUGUGUGCUGUUGUUCAGCAGUGCUUAUUGCUUUCCUAAACCUGAAGACCACACUGCUCCCAGAGGCUUCAGUGGUGAUGCUGCUCCUAGAACAUCCCCUCUUUUUCCAGGCUCACAGGCUGCUCUGAUGGACCAGCAGUAUGGCCAAUCUGCUGGCUAUCAGCAGCCUUCCCAACAGCCCGGCGCUCCCACUGGAAACCAGUCCCCAUCCGGUGUGGGAGGUCCCAGUGUGGUCCUAGGCACGUCACCAACUUAUGAUCCAAGCAGGUUCCUCGUGAGUUCUGGAUCCAGCUCGAACAAACCUGCCAGCACUGGAAGCUUUUCUGUGCAGCAUCAACCUGCUGGUGGUGCAGCAUCUGGCCCAGUCUAUGCAGCUCCAGCAUGGGCUCCUGCUGCUCCUGCUGCUCCAGCAUGGGCUGGCUAUGGUUAUGGAUCUUCUAAUGCCAAUGCAAACACUGGUCCAGCAACUUAUUACACAGCUGACACCUCCAGCUAUGGUUCUUACGACGCUGCUCCUGAAACCUCCAGCUAUGGUUCUUACUACGCUGCUCCUGAAACCUCCAGCUAUGGUUCUUACUACGCUGCUCCUGAAACCUCCAGCUAUGGUUCUUACUACGCUGCUCCUGAAACCUCCAGCCAUGGUUCUGAUUCUGCUCCUGGCCUUCCUUGGGUUGAACAGCCAAUUGAAACCUCAUUCUCCGACCCCAGCAACUGGCUGCCACGAGGUGAUUUCCCAGACUUCAGCGUCUGGGGGUCUAAAGCCAACUCCAAGAUGUCCAAGACCGCUGAGAGUGAGGAGGAGACUUCCCCCAUACCGUCUUCAACCUACAUCAUCCAGUCCGGAAACGGCUACCUGCGAGGACUUGAAUACAGGUCCCACACUAACUACGCCCCAGAGGACCCAGAACCACUAGUGUUUGUCGCUGAGCCCGUCAGAGCACCUCGACCAGCUGCUCCUUCCAAAGGAGGAAAGAAAUAUUGAGAUGAACCUGCUGGUGCUUCAGCUGUUGCAUGUUUGAGUCUUAAUAAAAAUGAGAAUAUGAAGACAAUGA